AGUGAUUUAAAAGUUUUGAAGAACCAUAGUCGUUGUGAUCAACACAACUCAUUUGUUGUUGUUGUUUUUGUUGCCGUUGUAAUAUCGUCAAAACAGAUACAAAAAUUUCUUUAAUUUAUGAGAAGUACAUCCUGAUAAGGUAGAUAUGGUGAAAUUACCCAACAUGUGUGGGUGGAAGACGCUAAUGUUUCCUAUUAUUAUUGGCUAUGCUGUGUUAUUUUACAACUACUGGACCUGUUUUCACCAACAACCACUGAUAUCAACAACGAAGAUGAAACCUGAAUGUGAUUGCAAAAAAGUUGUGUACAAGCAAGAAGAAACUAUCUAUGAGUUACAGCAAAGGGUUCAGGCAAUGCAAGAAAGAAUCAAGAAAUAUUCGCUAAUGGAACAAAGUUACAAUAACGAACAACUAAUGCUGAAGAAUAAACAUGCUUCUGAGCUAGUCGAGUGCUACAAAGUUCAAACCAAGCUACGAGAACUGAUCAUAAAGGAAAAGGAUCAAUUACUACCAUUUGGAAAAAAGUUGGACACGAUAGAAAAAGUGGUAAAAGAUGUCAUAUCUAUUGAGCAAGAUCAUCGAGAUCAAAUUGCAAAAAUAAAUGGUCGACAAUUUGACCGAUUCGACGCUAAUAAAAUCGUGCAUCUCGACUUCAAAGGUGCACCACCAACAGUGCAGUUUCUGGUGAGAAUAAUUCGAAAGGUGAAGUACAUGGGUGGUACAGGGGUGAUGUUGGAAUAUGAGAAUAUGUUUCCAUGGAAGGGGUUGCUGGAACCUCUUGCUAAAAAUAAUCAUUACAGCGAGGAAGAGAUAAAACUUAUCCUGAAAGCAGCUGACGAAGAGCAAUUGGAUGUGAUUCCUUAUAUCCCAUCUUUUAGUUACAUGGAUUUUGCGCUGAAACACCCAAGAUACGCUGAUCUUCGAGAGGUUAACAUGUCCACGGCUUAUAUUUGUCCAUCUAAGGAAGGUUCACUUCGCUUAGUGAAGGAGAUGAUAAACCAAAUACUGGGAUCUCAUCCAAAAGCAAAGUGGAUUCAUCUGGGUGCACAACAAGUUCGCUUUUUAAAAUCAUGUGAUCUUUGUAAAGCGAAUGAUUUAAAGGUGCACGAGAUUUAUGCACGAUUUUUGACAAAUUUAGGAAAAUACGUUCGAACAUUCCGAACAGAGCUAGACGAACAAGUUCAAGCCAUUAUCUGGGAUGACAUGAUCCGAAAGUGGUCGUUGGACAAUUUAAAGCUGUUAUCCCGUUUUAUCACACCAAUGAUAUGGAGCUAUAAAAGAAACCCUGACAAAUUGUUUCCCAAAGAUAUGUGGGACCGCUAUGACGAGACAUUCGAACACGUAUGGUUUGCUAGUUCUUAUAAAGGGACAAGCAUGCCCUGGGAGAACAGAGUACCCAUACAAGAUCAUAUAGACAACACGUUGGGAUGGUUAAAGAUAUAUACAGAUUUAAAAACAAAGAAGUUAAAAAUUAACGGAAUUGCAUUAAUGGGAUGGUCAAGGCAUGAUCAUAACGCACCAUUGUGUGAACUGUACCCAGCAGGACUUCCAUCACUUGCAUUAUGCUUGGCAGUUUUAAAGAAGGGAAGAUUUGACAGGGAUCUGCAUAAAUCGAUAACAACAUAUUUGCAUUUUGAUGAACCAAUACGACUCACUUACGAGUACUCUCGCAAAAUAACACCCCAGGAUGGAAGGUUUCAAGGCCAUAAAGUGUUCCAUUUGGUCGGAUGGCGUGAAAAAGCCGUUGGGUGGGAUGAAUGGGCAACAGUGCGAGAAAAAGGGUGGACACGACCGUAUUAUGUGAAGCACAACCGAAUAAAUUACUUUUACUUAAAUGAAACUUUAAAAGAUCUGAGGAGCUCUUUGGUCAUAAUGAAUACUUUGAAGAAACAGGCUGUUAGCGAUUUGAACUGGUAUUACUUUAAUGAUACCGUCUAUGAGUGGAUUGAAGAUAAAAUUGAAGAGCCGAGUAAAUUUGUGCGAAAAAAAAUUAAUUUUUUGGAAGAUAUUCUUUAUCGUAAUGUUCUUUCUUCCCAAUUGACAGAACUAUAAUGAAAAAAAUUCAAUUGCUUUAUUUUCUGUGUUUUAUACUUCCCCGUUGUGUAAUUUUGUUGUGGCUUAAAUACUUUUCUUUAAUAUUUCCAAAAAUACCAUCUGCCUUGGAAUUGUUUUUAUGGUUGCUUGAAAAGUGCAAAUGGUUAACUAGAUAAGUUGGAAUUUGGAACAAUUGACUACGACGAGCACCCCUCUAUGGAAAUCAAAAUAAUCUCUCGCACGUAAUUUAUUGUUUAAAGUUAUCUUCAAUGCGAAACAAAGGGUUUGUUUGUGUUGAAAAACGAUAACUAUAUAUAUUAUGUCACGUUUAUGAUGUAAUGCGCUGCUCCUUCUUUCGAAAGGAUCAAGAGCGGAAGACUUACAAUUUCGUUAUCUUUCGACAUUUUCUAUUUACUAUUAUUUCCGAAACGCCUGCUGCAAAUAUUAGUGGAGCCCUAAGGCUCCAUUCCAUUAAACAACUUUAUCAGCAAAAAUAUUCAGCAGCAAUGUGAACAUUUUGGUGCCAGGCCUAAUUGCACACGUCUUGCAACAUACGCAAUCUGUUUAAAAUAGCCAAGGCGUAACCUCUUUUCUUAACCUCGCAGAAUACACGGAAAAGAGCUCUGCAGAUCUAAGGAUUUUUCUUUUGCUGAAACAACUGUGUAUACAUACAUUGUAUUCCAGUUCAUACGAAAUCUAGCGUAACCCAAAUGAAUAAAAAAUCGACCCCUGGCAUUUGGCUAAAUCUGUAACUAUCAACCUGGUCGCUUAUCCGAGCAUGGGCAGUUAUUUGAAAGCGUGAAAAAAUGUGUGAACUUAAAAAAAUUAUUCUAGAAAUGCUCUAGGAAGGGUUAAUAUAUAAACAUUACCUUAAACUGGGACAAUCCCUCCAAGGUUUAAACAAUACUGCGAUUGACUCUUAAAAACUGACCCGAACAACUUUGUCAGACACUUUAUGAUUUGAGUUUUUUUCACUUUCUUUCAAAAAAAAACUUCAAAAUCCCUCCUCUUUUCGGUCUUAUGGGUUCAAAAUUCAGUUUUAAAUUAAAGAAAAAUGAAAUUUAAAUUAAAGUAAAUAUUUUUCAGCAAAAAAGUUCUAAAAUUGUACAAAACCUUAUAUAAAAAAUUAAAAGUCUGUUCAUGCCGCUCAAACACGUUGGAAAGACCAUCCAAGGUUAUCGAACGCGUUUGAAAAUUGUUAUAAAGACAUAAGGGUUUACCAGGUCAUGUAGCCGAAUACUUUUUAUUUUCCUUACUUUUUGAAAAACAUGAACAAAAAAACAUUUUUCAAAGAUAAAAGACAAAAUUUUCAAAAAAGUUCUGAAAAACAUUUGUCGUAUUUCUUCAGUAAAACCUCUCAUAGCGGACACAAUUUAAGUCUCA